CCGGAGCGGAGUCCCGGCAGCGGAAGAAGCGGCGCGCGGCGCGACACCAGCCCAAGAGGAGAACCGGAGGGAGGGGGGCUUUUCCGCCGCUUCACCACCCGGCGAGGAAGUGCCGCCUCUUCGUGCGCGCCUGCCUCCCAAGAACGACCGCGGGCUUCAUUCUGGCCCCUGAAGUACCAGGAGAAUGAGCCAGCAAGAUGGAGAGCAGCCAAAUCAGUCUCAUUCUCUCUUUGAUGCCUUCCUGCAUGCCAAGCAGUGCAAAGAGGUCUUAAGCAGAUUUGAAGAGCUGUGCAGUCAUUUGAGCCUGGAACACACUGGCCAGAUUCAUUUCUAUCACAAGCUCAAGUCUUCUCUCAAUUAUUGGAGUGCUAAGGCUUUGUGGACCAAAUUGGACAAGAAGGCUGGACACAGAGACUAUGAUCAGGGAAGAGCAUGUUCAAACACCAAGUGCCUGAUAGUUGGGGCAGGGCCCUGUGGUCUUCGCUCGGCUAUCGAGUUGGCUUUCCUUGGAGCACACGUUGUGGUGGUAGAGAAAAGAGAGGCCUUUUCCCGGAACAAUGUGCUGCACCUUUGGCCUUUCACUAUCCAGGACCUGCGGGCACUUGGAGCCAAGAAAUUCUAUGGCCAUUUCUGCACUGGCUCCUUGGAUCACAUCAGUAUCCGUCAGCUGCAGUUGAUCCUGCUGAAAGUAGCCUUACUCUUAGGUGUCCAUAUUCACAUUGGUGUACAGUUUAAGGGACUCAUUCUACCAGCAGCAAACUCUCAUGGACAGGCCAGUGGUUGGAAAGCAGUGCUGCAUCCUGGCUCCUCUCCCCUGAGCCAGUUUGAGUUUGAUGUCCUCAUCUCUGCUGGUGGUGGAAGGUUUGUGCCAGAAGGCUUUAAGAGGAAGGAGACACGUGGGAAAUUGGCCAUUGGCAUCACCACCAAUUUCGUAAAUAACCAUAGCAGAACUGAGGUGGAGGUGGCUGAGAUAAGUGGCGUGGCUCGCAUCUACAACCAGAAAUUCUUCCAAAAUCUCUAUAACAAAACAGGUAUUGAUUUGGAAAACAUUGUCUACUAUAAAGAUGACACACACUACUUCGUCAUGACAGCCAAGAAGCACAGUUUGCUAAAGAAAGGAGUAAUCUUAAAUGACAAGCUGGACAUAGAGAGCUUACUCUCUCCAGAAAAUGUGAACCAGGAAGCCCUUCUCGCUUAUGCCAAAGAGGCUGCCAACUUCUCCACCAACUACCAGCUGCCCAAUUUGCAGUUUGCACUGAACCAUCACCACCGUCCUGACGUUGACAUGUUUGACUUCACCUGCAUGAGCCGUGCAGACAAUGCAGCUCUGGUGCGUGACUGUAAUGGCACUAAGCUACUCAUCGGGCUGGUGGGGGACUGUCUGGUAGAGCCAUUCUGGCCCUUGGGCACUGGUGUGGGCAGAGGUUUCUUGGCAGCUUUUGAUGCUGCUUGGAUGGUAAAAAGGUGGGCCUCAGGAGUAUCCCCACUGGAUGUGCUGGCUGAGAGAGAAAGCAUAUAUCAGCAGCUGUCACAGACUUCACCUGACAACACAAACAAGAAUGUUAAUCAAUACAGCAUUGAUCCCACCACACGAUACCAAAACAUCAACCUUCAGGCAAUCAAGGCCUCUCAGGUUCAUAAACUAUACAUUGCGGGAGACAUUGAAAUGGAGCAGAACAAGAGAAGAAGUGCCAGCCCAGAGCUAGUCUGCAAAGACACCAGCAGAGCCUAUGAGGAGCUUCUUAACUGGUGUCAAGCAAACACAGCCAGUUACCAUAGCAUCAAGGUAGAAGACUUUACACACUCCUGGAAAAGUGGACUGGCUCUGUGUGCCCUCAUACAUCACUUUCGCCCAGAUCUCCUGGACUUCAACUCAUUGGACCCAAAGGACCCUAUUGGAAACAACCAACUGGCUUUAGAUGUGGCUGAGCAGGAGCUAGGCAUUUCUCCAGUCCUCUCCAGCACUGAAAUGGCUUCAGUGUCUGAUGAUGAGCAGCUUGGCUUGAUCACCUAUUUGAGCCAAUUUCAUGAUGCCUUCAGGACCACUCCAGAAUGGAAGGAGAAAAUAGAGAAGCCUCUUGCAGAGCGUGGGACCAAAAGUGCUAUCCUCUUUCUUAGCAAGCUACAGAAGAGUUUGUCUCUCUCACGCAAGCGGAACUUGGAGAGCAAUACCUGGGAUGCAGAAUCCAAGAAGUUAAAGCAAGUAGCUGGGAAUCUGCCUGUCUGCCCUGUGAGGAGCAGUGAUGCCUGCUAUUUCUGUGGAGACCAUGUCUACAUCCUGGAGCGGGUCAGUGCGGAAGGGCGCUUUUUCCAUCGAGGCUGCUUCAAAUGCCACUGCUGCAAAAUAACAUUGUGGCUAGGAGAUUUUGUCUUCAACGAAGAUGAUGGCAACUUCUACUGCAUGUUGCAUUCCUCAGUCUCAUCAGACGUGACUACUCCCAGCAAAGCCUCUGUCAAAGAAGCAUAUGAGGAUUCAUCCUAUCUGGACAGUCCAUCAGAUAAAGACAGUUUAGACUUGACUACUGAAGAGGAUAGAACUGGAAAAAAUUCAGAUUGGCAAAGCCUGGAUGAGAAUAUGUCUCCCUUUGUAGAUCAGCUUCCAGAACACCAGCCUGAACCACUUCAGAAACAAGUCAGUGAAGGCCCCAGUCUAUUCCCAUUCAAGGAAAAGGAAGGUGCUGACACAAUAAACUCCUCACAGCAUCCACACCAACCGUCCCCUGUUGUGGGAGAUGAGAAGCUGAGUAACUCUGUUCCCAAGGCUGAUUCAGCUUUGCAAGUCAGUGGAAGCAGCAGAUCUCCUGAAAAAAUGGCACAAGACCAAAGAAUUUGGACUGAUUGUCACUCUAAAGAAGAAGCUUCUUUCAAUCGCCUUUCACAGGGGCGAGGAAUUGGUCUAGCUUUUCCUAUUUCUGCAGGAGGUUUGAACCCCACACUAGACCCAAUGCAGUGUGAAAACACCCAGAAGAAAAAGAUUUGCUUGUCAGCUUUGGAAAAGCUUGAAUUAUCCAGACUGAGUCCAAUUUCAUCCUCAUUUGACUUUUCAAAUACAGGGCUGGAAGAAUCCAGCUGGAGCAGAGAAUCAGAUUUUCUGGAGGCUGCCAGUGACAGUGAAGAGGAGGAAGAUGAAGAAGCAGAGAGCUUCGAUCUUGGGACAAACAUGUUGUGUUAUGGUUUGCAGCAUUUCCACAGCUUGACUGAAGACACUCAGUAUCCAACUUGGAAGAAGACACUGUUGCGACGAGCCAAAGAGGCAGAAAUGAACAGGUUUUGCAAAGCUCAGGCCAUCCAGAGGCGGUUAGAAGAGAUUGAAGUGACUUUCCGGGAGCUUGAGAAACAGGGCAUAAUGGUGGAACAGUCUCUGCGGGAAGAGGCAGGAACAGAGUCAGAACUGAAGAAACAGUGGAUGAACCAGUUGCUCACGCUGAUUCAGAAGAAGAACAGCCUGAUGUCUGAAGAGUCUGACCUCAUGAUUGAUGUGCAAGAGUUGAAGCUAGAGGAGCAGCAGUGCCAGCUGGAUCAAGAGCUGCGGCACUACUACAAUAUGGAUGAUUCUUUGAAAACCUCUGAGGACUGUGAGGCAGAGAAGAUGAUCCUGUCCCAGCUGGUUGCAGUUGUGAAUCAGCGCAGUGCUCUAAUCGAGAUGCAAGAGAGGAAGCGACUCAGUGAGCUUUCUGAGCAUGUUCCAGUGAUGGAAAAUCUCUGGAAGAUUUGAGAUCUGGUGGAUGAAUUUGCUGAAAUUAGUGGCCUUCAUCUUUGGCAAGCCAUUCCAUUUUAGCAAAAACCAUCACUUGAAAAAGGAAGUUAGCUGCUGCUUUAUAGUCUAAGACAGUUUAGCAGUAGCUUUCCUGCUAUAGGUGUGGAAAUAUGUUCAAACUGACAUUGAAGCUCAUGUUGCAGUGGUUAUUGUGAAUGUAAGAAUAUCAGUCCAUAUACUCAGACAUUUGUCCCUUACUUUGAAUAAUACCAGAGGAAGCCACAAAGUUGGAGUUUAUGGAAAGUUUCCCCUUGAAGGUUAAUGCUUAAUGGUGGUUCCUAGAUUGAGAUGAACAUGCCUGAUCUUGAUGCAACUUCCUCUACAGAACUGUGGGUGUUUUAAGGAAUAAUAAGGAAACAAUGUAGAACUGUUUUUAAUUGUUUACUGGUAUUACUGCUGAAGGUUUUAAGAUUCAAAGCAGUCUAUUUGCAGCAUUUGGAGGAAAAAUAAUAUUGAGGAAAUGUACAUAUUAUGCAUGUAAUAGCUAUACUUGUAUAUUUUUAUACUUAGCAUGCUCCACUUUGAUACAGGGCCUCAUCCAGCAGAAAAGAUCUCCUUCACCCUACUGCAGCAGGUGACCAUGUUUGUCAUAAUUCUAGAUCUGGAAAAUUAGGAGGGGCUAUAUUGUUUAAGUGGAGAAAACACAUUUCAGCUAUUCUAAAGGCAAAAGAGCAUUAUGCCUUCAUGAAGUUCAGAGAAGCCUUCAAACUGUCCAGAGUUGUAUUCUAGAGAAGGUGGAAUGGUUAAAAACUCUUGAAGGAUAUAUAGAAUCAACAGAGUAUUUCAGGGAAAGAGGUAGAUGCCCAAAAAUUAAAAUUAAGAAUGGCAUUGGCAAAGGGCUUCUGUCAUAAUAAAUAUCCAAGGAGAGAUGUACACCUCUCACACAUUUCUCCAUGUACAUACAAGCGUAACAGAUGCUAUAGUCCGAGCUCCUGAAGCUGGACAUGUAUGGUUUGAAAAUGUGUGCUCUUCCUGCAAAAUUAACAAAUGUGUAUGUACAUCACAAUAAACUGCUCCUGAAGAAAAGCUUCAAGAGAACAGAUAUUAUUAGGUAACUAAAGUCAGCUUACAGUCUGAAAACUACUUCUGGAUGGGUGGGUAUAAACCAACUGGUUUUUCACAGACUUGCUCCAAUAAACAUAAUGGAAUGAAAAGGAAA